AUGGCCGACAAGUGGCGCGUCCCGCAGCGUCGUUUCAUCGAUCCAGAUCGCCUGCGCAAGAGAACAUACGCGCCCACACGCGCGCGCGCCGACAAAACCCCGAGAGUGGACUUCGCGCCGCACCGCAAAACGCCGUCACCACGACGCAGGUUCCCCCAGCUCAAGAAGACGCGCGCCGCGGCACCGCGCCUCCGCCUCCUCGCCUUCCCGAACUCCGGGAGCAGCGAGAACGUCUACACCGGCGUGGACAAGCUCAACGGCCGCGAGGACAACGUCCUGAUGACGUGGGCGCGCAGGACCGGCGUCGAGGUCUGGGCCGCCCAGCCGCCGGGCCGCGACGCGCGCCUCAAGGAAACUGCAUUAACUUCAUGUGCAGAAGUAGCCAAAGGCGCUUACGACGCCGCUUCUACAUUAGGCUUUUUUGAGGACGACGCGCCCUGGGCCCUGUUCGCCCACUCCAUGGGCUGCUGGAGUUCGUACGAGUUCGCGUUACUUGCUCGCUCAAACGGUAAAAGACCGCCGGCCGUGUUCGUCGCGAGCGGCUUUCCCUCGCCCUCGCUACCUCUCUCUGAAAGACCCUGGACGCCGUCGCGCGACUUGAACGAUGCCGACUUCCGAGAGGAAUGUAGGAAGUGGCGCAUCAACGACGUCGUCUUCGGGAGCCAGAUGUGGGCGACGUACGAGCCGCUGCUGCGGGCCGACUUCCGCUGCUUCGACGAGUACCCUGUUGGGGGUGAUGCGGCUCCUCUAUCAUUCCCGGUCAAGGGCGUGUACGGUACGCAGGACGACCGCUGCACCUCUAGCAAACUCGAGACUUGGAGUAGUGUUGCUCCCGAUUUUGAGUUACUUGGUAGUGUCGAGGGCCACCACUUGUUUGUGUACGACGAAUCCGCAAGGAAGCAGUGGUUCGAGAUGGUGGUGCAAGCGCUCGACGGCGCCGUGUCUCCCAUUGCCAGUGGACCGCCGCGCGCGCGCUACGAAUGUACGGCGCCGAAGGGUGCGGCUGUCCGAGAAGGCUGCGACCUCAAAAGCCCUCUAGCGUCGUGGGAUGUGGAAGAGGGUGGGAUGAUCGACGUCGAGGAGGAGAAGGAAAAUAGUAAGGGUACCUUACGCUUACGCGUCGUCGCGUACACGUCGCCGGGCUGCUCCCGCGAGGUUUGUGAAGGAUGGGUCUCGAAGAAGCUGUUCGAGUUCCGCGGCGCGGCGCCCGGUGCUAUUGCGCCUUCUGUACAGACUUCCAAAGUCCGUAGGGUGUCGCCGCCGCCGCCACCUAUUCAUACUGGGACGAAGGGCACGAAGAAGACGGUCACGGGCAAGCACGGCGCUUUGUUAAGGAAGGGCUGCGAGCUUUCGUCGGUGGAGACGGGUAUCUCAUUAGAUCAGGGCGACCUGUGCUACGUCGCUGGAGAGGACGUCAAUGAACAAAAUAUAGUAAGGGCCCACGUGGUUUUGAGAUCGGCCAAAGGAGGUCCCUGGGAGGCGGUGGACGGCUGGUGCACGGCGAAGUUCUUGAGCGGUGCUGAUGGAGAAGAGCCUCUGCCGGAGGUCGGUUCGAAACCUAUCAUCUCUAUAAAAUUCCCGCCGUGCACCGAUACGGGACGCGUCUUGUUGUUCCCGGGCCAAGGAGCGCAAAAAGUAGGCAUGCUGGCGCCGUAUGAAGACGUCGCGGGCGUGCGCGAGAUGUUUUCUGAUGCGUCUGAAGUUUUUGGAAGAGAUCUACUAGAACUGAUCCAGAAGGGCCCGGAGACCGACCUAAACGACACGCGCUUCUCGCAGGUCUGCGUGUUCCUGACGAGCAUGGCUGCUGUGGCCAAACUGCACCAGGACGACCCUACUGCUCUACAGAAAGUAACACAUACGGCCGGUUUCUCAUUAGGCGAGUACUCGGCGCUCACGUUCGCGGGCGUCAUGGACAUUGCUACUGCUGUUAGAUUGUUGAAGGUGCGGUCGGACGCCAUGGGCGCCGCCUGUGAUUUAUCACCGUCCGGGAUGAUGACGGUGGUAGGGUACGAAGAUGCUGAUUUGCAGGCGUUACUACCGGAUAAAGUGAGUGUGGCGAACCAGCUCUUCCCGAAGGGUAGAGUUGUUGCGGGUCCUCGGGAUGCCCUCAAAGCGUUGGAAGCUGCAGUCAAGAAGGAGAAGCGGCCGGGCACGAAGACGAUCAUGCAGCCCGUGUCCGGGGCCUUCCACUCGCCGUUCAUGGCAUCUGCUGCCGACGCUUUACGUGAAGCGCUGGAUGGUGUUUCAUUGAACGCUCCGUCGCGUACCGUCUACUCGAACGUGACCGCGCGACCGCACGCCUCGGAUCCACUCCAAAUCAAAGACGCCCUCUGCAAGCAGCUCACGGCCGGCGUCUUGUGGGAGGAUACCAUAAAAGAUAUGAUCAAGGCGGAUAUUGACGCGUUGUACGAGCCGGCGCCCGGGAAGCAGCUCACGUCGAUGAUGCGGCGCAUCUCGGCCGCGCACCACCCGAAGAUGAAGAACGUGUGA